AUGAAGGCCUUAGAUCUAUGUGAUCAACAUCAACGUUCUUUAGAAUUUUUCUGUGAAGAUGAAAAGAAGCUUUGCUGCAGUACUUGUGCUAUUGUUAAUCACAGAAAAUGUCAUAGCGUUGUAGAAAUUGAGAAGAUCGCUGGGAAUAUUACCUCACCAAUUUCUACCUUAGGGGAGAAAUUAAAGGAAGCUAAAGAAGCUGCUGAGAGUGUUGCGAGACAUAUUCGUUCUUCAAAAGAUCAACUUGCUCAAGAUAUAAAAGAAAUGCAUUUAAAGGUUAGACGAAUGCGAGACGAAGUAAUGAGAAUGUUUGACGAUAUAGAAGAUUUCGUCGCCAAGAGAGCUAAAACAAUUCAGAGAGAAACAUUACAAAAUCUGACAAAGAAGCAAACACGAAACGAGAAACAUGUUGCUGAUGUAACAUUGUGCUUGGAGACGAUUGAAAGUAUUUUCAAAAAUGGAACAUCAGCGCAGAAAUAUAUAGCAGAACUAAAAAUGGAGAAUAACGUCAAUGCUCUCUGUAGAAACAUCAAGGAGGAAUGUCAGAACUUAGAGACGGUAAACAUUUCUUUUCAUUUUGACGAAACAUUUAAACUGCCGCCAUUACCAAUUACUGAAUAUGUUCCAGGACAAUUACAAUUAAAGUUAAAUUUGCAGGAAGAUGUUAAUUCCGUUGACAAGGCAAUGAUUUUAAAGCCAGUUUCAAUCAUUGAUUUGAAGAAGACUGGAGAUGAUAUCGAUGAACCGUUCAAUAGAGGCAUAGAUUUUUUACCUGAUGGUAGACUGGUGGCUGUGGAUAACAUUAACAAGAAAUGUUUAGUGUACAAUGAUAAGCUUGAGAAAGUAGGAUCAUAUCAGCUAUCUAACAACCCAUUAUCUGUUGUUGUAGUAUCUGAGGAGGAAAUAGGGAUAACAAGUGGAAACGAUAUAUAUUUUCUACAUGUUAGUAAAUGUAAUGAAAUUAGUUCAAGUAGGGCAUGUAAAGUGAACACGAAAUAUGACUCUAUAUGUUUAAAAGAUGAUAGACAUUUCGUAGUAGGGACUUAUGAUGAACCAAGACCUGUUCGUGUUGUAUCAUUGACAGGUGAGGAGUAUGAUUUUGGUGUCAACUUCCCAAACAAAUCAUAUCCUAUAGACUCAUGCGAUAGUACUUACAUAAAGAGCAGUGACAAAGUUGUGAUAACAGAUAGAUACGAGCAUACUGUCUACAUAUAUGAUAUCAAGACAGGCACGAGAGUCGCAGUGAAGGAUGAUCAAAUACAGGAACCACGUGGUGCAGCAGUUGGACCUUCUGAUACUAUCCUGGUGUGUAGUUUAGAAACAAACACUAUUGUACAGAUAUCCAAAACAGGUCAGAUCCUAUCAUCGUACAAGAUAGAUAUGGAGAAUCCGUGUAAAGUAUGUCUCUCACGUGAUAAAUCAUUUCUUGUUGUUACAAAUAGAUGUCCUGGAAAGAGAAAAUUGCAUAAAUUCAAAAUAUCAUGUUAG